GGUGGUGGCGCCCUUCCGGUUCCGGGUCGCGCGGCGCAGCCUGGGGCUUCCGGUGCUCGGGCUCGGCGGGAUCCGCACGGACUGGGAGGCGGCGGCGCCCGCGGCCGCGAGGGAGCACGUCCCUCCCGCCCCGCCAGGCUUUCAAUGACAGCGUGAGCCCCAGCAGCGGGUCUGGAGCCGUGCAUAAGCAGGACCGUUUCCACCUUCCCUCAGUAAACCAUGGCAUAUCAGCUGUACAGAAAUACCACCCUGGGGAACAGCCUUCAGGAGAGCCUGGAUGAGCUCAUACAGUCACAGCAAAUCACCCCUCAGCUUGCCCUGCAAGUGCUACUUCAGUUUGACAAGGCUAUAAAUUCAGCAUUGGCGCAGCGGGUCAGGAACAGAGUCAAUUUCAGGGGCUCCCUGAAUACAUACAGGUUCUGUGACAAUGUAUGGACAUUUGUACUGAACGAUGUUGAAUUUAGGGAGGUUACUGAACUCGUGAAAGUGGAUAAAGUGAAAAUUGUAGCGUGUGAUGGAAAAAAUACUGGUUCCAAUACUGCAGAAUGAAUAGAAAUGUGGUUUGUGUGCAACAUUUUCUGUUAAUAUGCAGCACUUUCAGGAGAGCAGCGUGGAAAAGGACUGUUCAUAAUUUAUUGUAGUGAUGCAGAUACAAACCAAUCCAUCACAGAAUGGCAGCAGGAAGAGAUCUUUGUAGCAUUUCUUCGGUUCACCUUAUAGGGCAUGAAGAAAACAGUUACUUUUUUAAAUGACAAAACAAAUAUUGUUGUCCUUUUUUGUUCAAAGUAAUUUCUCUAAUAAAACUUUUUAUUUAAAAAAUUCUAGAGAGGUAAGUGAUGGUUCAUUGAAAACAACCUGCCACAAAAAUACUCCAGGCCCUGAGUGAACUGUGGUUGGUGUGAGAAACUAGACAUAGAGGCUUUCUUGGGCUACAUCCAUUACUUCUGGGAGAACUCUAGCUUGCAGUGUUCUUAAUAUCCUGGACAUAGAAAAUGAUUAUAAUCUUGCUCAAAUGCUCUCCUUGUCCAAUUUUUUCAUAUGCAUUGAUUUCAAGGAGUUGACUUCUGCUUUUUAUCCACAGAUUAAUUUAAAGCCAACUAAAAAUACAGAACUGCAGAAACUUAGGCUGGGAAAGGACCUCAAGAAGUCAUUUAACUCGUUUUCAUUCUAAAGCAGAAUGAAAUGGACCUAAAUGAAAUGUUUGUUUGUUUGUUUGUUUGUUUGUUUGUUUGUUUGUUUGUUUGUUUGUUUGUUUGUUUUUAAACUUCCAAUGAGAGGGACAUUGUGUCCUCCCUCAGCAGCCUCUCCAGUUACUUAACCAUACUUACAGUUGGAAAGAUUCCUUCCCCCCUCUCCUAUGUUUUUGCAUUACUUUUAUGUCAUCAACAGAUGUAAUGUUUGCAGUGCUUCAAGUGUUUUUCAGGUACUAUAGGAAGAGAAGGAGCAGGCAAUGCACAGUGCUCUAGCGCUCCAAAUUGGCCUGAACUAUAUAAAAUUAUCCUGGAUGAAAUGGGAACAACUCUGAAGUGCUCUGCUGUGAAAAGCUUCAAAUUGUUCUGUCUAGAGUGACACAGGAAAUUGUUCAGCUACCAGCGUCUCAUAAUGUUCUGCUUCUUCCCACCCUUCCGUCUCCUGUGAGGUUCCCCCUUUUGUGCCUUACUGCCAUCUGUACUGCCCUAAGGGUCACAUAGUCUUUCACGUGUGACAUCAUCUUCUUAAACCCAGGUGCAGAAGCAUAAUGCAGCCACCGUUUUCUGGACAAUUGUGGCUGAAAGUUGACUUCUUGUGUACUGUGUGAACAUAUUCAAGUACCUACUCAUCCACUGAAUAAAUGAAGUGCACCAAGAAGGUCAGUGAAAUGCUCAACUUAAUUUUGUAGGUAAAGUAAGGAGAGCACUCAGCAGACCCGUAAGCUGUGUAUGUGCAGCUUGCAUUAGAAGUAGUCACUCAUGGGCAUAACUAGCACUUGCAUCAGUGGAGCCAAAGCAAACAUCACGAAGACAGACAAUAUUGUGAUGGUAGCCCUGUCCCAAGUGCCUGUUGGGUGGUAUAUUUAAGGAACUCUUCAAAAUUCUUGUAGGUGAUAAUGCCUUUGUUAUCAACUCUGUCAGACAGCUCAGUGUCCACCUCAGUAGCCCUGUGGACCCAAAGCACUGAGAAGGCUCCAGUCUGAAACAAGAGGAUCCUGGGGAAGGCCCUUCUAUUCAGGACCACUGAGCUUGGGUCAUACCAGCCCCUGGGACAAGACAGCUCAUGGCAUCAACAUUGGAGAAGACCAGCUGACUAUCCUGCCAUUAUUUUGGAUGACUUCCCUGUCAUCCUUUUGGUACUUAGAGCACCAGCCCUGCACACCAAACACAGUAGUGACUAGUAGCACACACCCAUGCUCUGGGAGCAUCACUAAACAUUUCCCUUCUCAAACAAGCCACAGGACUCCAGAGGCCUGCUUUGUACAAGGCAAACUACAGCCUGAGGACUGUAUCCAGCUUGUAAAUUGAUCCUAUCCUGCUCACUGGCCACUGCUGGGAGCCUGAGGAGGGAGGGCUCUGCCAUAUUUGGGCUCAGCCGCACAACACAAAGACUCCCUUCCCCCCCUGCCCCAGCCAGGUUCCUGUUAGCGCGGUGCGGUUCUGGCACCAUGGCUGCUGGCAGGCAGGUCCACAUGGGAUGGGAUGUGAUGCAGUGUGCUGAGUAGCCCUCCCACCUGCCCUCCACGAUGAGCCACUGCUACCACAGCACCACUAGGAGGUGAGUCUGUUCCAGCCACAGAGGAGGGGGCUCAGCCUUGGGCAGCUGCCCCCAACUUCCUGGUGCAGUGUGGUGGCAGCAGUUUAUCAUGGCAGAUGGGUGGGCAGGACACCUACUUGGCACACUGCAGGGCACCCUGUCCCAUGCAGGCCCAGAUGCUGGUGGCUGCAAUGCCAGGACUGCACAAUGCCAACAGGAAGCCAGGUUGGGUGCCUGGAUGUGGUGAGGUGGAUUCUGCAUGCAGUAUAGCCUGGCCUUUGCUGCAGCACAGCAGAAUGGCACAGCCCUCCCUUCUGAGGCUCCUGGCAGCGGCCAGCAGGCUGGAUAGGCUCAAUUAGCAUCUCCCCAACCCCCUUCUCUCCCUCCUGCCCUCAACAGUUCACAAAGCUCAUUAAGUGGACCCUCCAGCCCAAAUUGCACACCCCUGUACUACAGUCACUGUACUGGGUACAGGUGUGCAUGUGUUCCAUCAGUGAAAGAGAUAAAAAGCAUGGUAAGGUAGGUAAAGUGUGACCUGAAGAGCAGAAGCAGUACCUUGAGAUGCUAAUGUCUAAGAGACUGGAGGGCAAGAAAGCCAUAAGCACCUAUUGUCUAGUCCCACUGGGAAUGCAGUGCACUUGAAACCAGCCAGGCUUGCAAAGCAGAGAGCAGAAGCUGACAGGUGUGAUGCUUCUGGUUAGCCGCCCUCUGAAACCUCAGGCUUCAUAAUGAGGGAUGCUGGGAACCACCACCAGCUGUGGAGCAGUGCAACUGCAUCAGCUCCUACAUAUUUUGAGGCAUGUGAGCUGGGAGGGCCUGCAUGUUUGUGAGGUACUGAUGUGCUCAGACUGAGGGUUCUUUAAAUAAAGGUGGGGUUUGAAGCAUUUUGAACAUAUGCCCAAACCCUUACACAAUCACGGUUACUUCAGCUAUAAUUGUAUUGUGCAGCUUUUGAUAAUCUGAGUCUAGAUCCUCUGACUUCUGAUGACAUUCUUUGGCAGUAAGAUGGCUUUUUCUACCUUGACAGAUGCUUUUCCAACAUUCUACCCCUUUAAGCAGUCAGUUCAGUUAUUACAUUACAGUGGAUUAUCCUCUAUGAAUGGCUUGCAUUGUUUUUCUUGUAAAAUUUUUAAAUUGAUGCAAAAGUAUCCAGAGCAAAUAAAUUGUUGAUCAAGCCAUAUGCAAACAUGAA